AUGGCCGCCGCCAAGCCCGGCGAGCUGAUGGGCAUCUGCUCCAGCUACCAGGCGGUGAUGCCGCACUUCGUGUGCCUGGCCGACGAGUUCCCGCAGCCCGUGCGGCCCGCCAAGCUGCCCAAGGGCAAGGGCCGGCUGCGGCGGCCGCGCCAGUCCCGCUUCAAGACGCAGCCGGUGACCUUCGACGAGAUCCAGGAGGUGGAGGAGGAGGGGGUGUCCCCCAUGGAGGAGGAGAAGGCCAAGAAGUCGUUCCUGCAGAGCCUGGAGUGCCUGCGCCGCAGCACGCAGAGCCUGUCGCUGCAGCGGGAGCAGCUCAGCAGCUGCAAACUGAGGAACAGCCUGGACUCCAGCGACUCGGACUCGGCCCUGUGAGG